UUCACCUCUACCUCUGCAGUACCUCUCGUACCUCUCUGUGCUGGCUGGGGAGACACACAUUUUCCCUGUAUUUCUGCCUGACUGCGGGCUCGACUCCAGCAAACCACCCCCACCCCCCCUCCCUGAGCAUCUCACGCGUGUUUUUACUCCCCCCCCCUCCAGCCUAUGUCUCUCUCUUUGGGGUUUGUUGGCCAGUCUGCUUCCCGUGCUGUUGCUGAUGCUGCUUCUGUAGCAGUGGAGGUUUCUGACACUACACUGCAACGCUGCAACUGCUCUGCCUCGCUUCCACUCUCUCUGCCGUUCACUUCACGCUGCUGGAUGAUCACUGAGUCUGCCAGCAAAAGAGGAAAGGAGGGGAGAGGAACACAGAGGCUCUUCAUGUAACUGCUGCAUUCUUCCGUCUGUCUGUUCCUCUCUGCUUUUCUGGACUGCCAGUGUGCAGUGCAGAGGGAACAACUGGGCAGACAACAGAGCUCUGUGAAGGAAUCUAUCCUUCUCUUUUUGCGCUUCCUCCCUCUGUUCAUUCCUGGGACAGAGUGCAGAAGAGGAGAGAAGAGGGAGGGACUGGGAACAGGACUUCAGGCUGCCCUCAGCUGCACAGCUCCAGUGUCCAGAUAGACACAUGAAUGACACAGGCAUAUUUACAUAGAUUAGACACAGCUGGGGCUGACCACACUGGCAGAAAAGGGGAUAGAUUGACAAAGACACACAUUCUAUUAAUACAGAGAGACCGGCAAGACCACCGACUGACAGACAGGGGGUGUCAUGGCGUCAGUGGACAGCACCACUUUGAGUGUCUCUGGUCGGCUGAGAUCUGGGGAUCUACUUCAUGCUGGUCUAGCAGUUAUCCUGCUGCUUGGUGUAUGGAGUGUUGGGGGACUUGAGGUAUCUACAGGCAAAGUGUCUUUCAUCGAAGCAAUGAAUGGCUCCACAGUUUUGCUGCCCUGCACCUACUCCUCCUGUAUCGGCAUCAAGGAUCUCCAUUUCAACUGGCACUUUAACGACAAUGGAACCAUGGACAAGUUAUGUGAAGGAGAUAUCCCCAUGGAGGGUGUGGAGCCCCGGGUCAGUGUUUUCCAUGAUCGUGUGGAGUUUGUUGGAUCCUCAAAGACCAACAACAUCUCCAUACUGCUGUGGAACAUCACCUUUGACGAUCAGGGAGAGUACAUCUGUUUUGCCAAAAACCCAAAAGAGAAAAACCGCAACCACAGUGCCAUCUUCACUCUUAGAGUGGUGGACCAAAUGAGGGAGAUUGACAACACUCUGACAGUCCUCAUAGUCUCAGUGCUGGGUGGAGUCAUUGGCUUAACGAUCAUUAUCAUGGUGAUAAAGGCCUUGGUUGUUCGCUUCCUGCUGAAGGAUGAUGAGAAGAAUAAAGAGUGUUUGGUGAGCUCAGGGAAUGACAACACAGAAAAUGGACUUUCAGGAGCCAAAGCAGAAAACAAAGGGACACCAAAGGCCUGAGCAAAAUGUUAAGUAUGUCUGUAUAUAUGUUAGACGAACUUAAAUGCUCAGAGGAGAUGCUGUUAUCAGUGGACUGUUUUAUCUUACUAGUGGCUAAAUAAUACAACACGUUAAUGUCUCUUUAAAUUCAUGCUUGUUAUUUGGAGAAGUUUGCACAGGCCUGGAUUACUUCCUCACCUACACGACAGCCCAUUUGCUCCACAGCGUCUGUUGCAAAUUCUUCUCUAGAUUUUACUGAGUCUUCCACUUAUUCUACAGACUGACAUAAAACCUCACUCAGCACCAAUUCAUGUUCACAAAUAAGCCCAAACCUGAGGUGUAUUCAUACAUUUAAGCCAACAUCAUUUGGUCAUGAUCAGAUAAAAUGAAUUCCAAUAAAAAACUAAAUUAUUUACUGUACAUAUACAACUAUUAAUACAUUUUUAAAAAGCUAUAUUAAGCCAUAUUAAGUUAAGGAUAUACUGUAUAUUGUUUUUUCUUGAGCUAUUUAAAAAUAUUUUCCCAUAGUUCUCCAUGGUUUUCCAUACUUUUUUGUCCUGAUCUACCUACUGAGUGGAUAUGAUCAAAUCUGCACUUGAAUUGUACUGCUGUUUACUGCUGGACCAAGGUUUAAUACUAAAACGGCACAUUUGACUUCAACUACUAUUCCUUUUCAAAGGUUUCAAAGUUUGAAACUUAAUUCAUAAACUCCAUCUGAGGCUGACAACUGGGCUUUCGUAGGUGAAUAAUGGAUCCAGGUCUGCACAGGUUUUAUUGUAUUGCUUUAGAUGAACCAACACAGGUGCCUGUUCUGCUUCAACUCCCUCUGCUGGUGAGAGGAUAAAAACACAGAAAAUGUAUAUAAAAAAAAAAAAACUCAUCAAAGACAAUCCUAGUCUACCCAGCUCCCAAUAGAAAGGAAUGAACUAAAUCAUGCUGCUUCUAAUAACCAAUGCAUUUUUAGCAUGUGCGCAUUUUAUAUCACAGCAUAAAAAGUAUAUAUUGUCUUCUACCACAGUACAGAAACAUUCACUUGUCUCUGUAUGUUCCCAGUCAACCCUUCACAUCCAACUCAACUGAAUGAAAACCCUGUAAAACACAGAUAAGCGCCUCCAAACACUGCUACAAAUGUUCUUACCAAGGUCAGGUAUAUAAAAUGUCCCUCUUUCGCACUUGUAAAGAAGUUACAAAGCAGUUUGUCUAAAUUUUAAUGUUACAACGCAACCCAUGGAGUGAAACACUGGAAGUGGGAAGAGCAGGUCCACGAACACAGCCUCGGUAAUACUCGCACCACGUUGCACCAUGUUGGGACAGAUCACUACAAAAGAAUGUAAUGACUCUGUCAGGGAAUGCAUCUUAUAUUUUGUCCAAAUAAAAAAGUAUAUAUAUAUAUAUUUUAUUUUAUUUCAUUACAAAAUAAUAUCAAAUGUGUUAAUGUUAUUAUAAGAUGACUGAAUGAAUAGUCCAGUAGGCCAGAUCUGCGCUACUCUACAUCUCUACACUCAAUUCAAUUCAAUUGAACAUAUGACACAUGCAUAUACACACAUAAAUUUAAACUCUGGAACAUGCUGAAAUUAUACCACUCGCAUAACUGAAGAAGAAGUGACCCCAUUUUGUUUAAGAAACUAAAAAAAUAGAGUCAACAAAGUCUUUAUAAUAUCAUUUCUAAUCCUAAGUGAAGUCAACAUGGACAAAUAAUAAUUUGCCAAUUGGUAACUAGAACCUCUUCAUGACUCUCGGUGCGAGAGGUCACUUCUGUGGAGCUGGCGGGCGUAACCUGUUACACCCACGUGCACAGCCUGCAUAGCCAUGACAGCUGAAUGCUACACACAGACUUAUGCUGACAUACUUUGAGCCACUUUGAUACCAGAGUGUAGUCCACUGGCCUUGCAUUACAAACAAUACAGCACUUUACCACUGUUCAGAGUGGCUACACAAAACGGGGAAAUAAGAGUAUGAGGAAAAUCUCCACAGUCCACCUGGUUAUUCCUCUUAGCUGAAACCAACAUUUUGUUUGUCAUGUUUAACUGACGACAACAUUGUGUCACAAUGGUUAUGGCAUUGACUGACGGCGCGUUGUCUUAUUGGAAACAGAGCUCUAUGGCAAGAUUGUAUCUUAUUUUUCUACUUGCUCACUUAUGUUUGCUUGCUGCUCUCUAAUACUGGAGUGCAUUUCCCUUCUUGCUUUCAAUGGAAGCAAUAAGACAGACAUCAGAUUAUGCAAUAAACUGUUUUCAAGGCACUUUAUAGUAGAUGUGUCUGGACAUGUGAUAGCAACUCCUGUCUGUCCAAGGUACUGUUCAUGUGUCGCUACACCGUAUCUAAUGUAUCUCAGCUGGACUAAUGCAUUGACAUUAGGUUCAUGUAUCUACAUUAGAAGCAUUUAACUGCAUUGGAUCAAUGAUUAUUAGAUCCCUUUUACACAUAGUUUAAAAAUCCCUGCAUAGAUGGAGUGUAUAAGAAGAAGUGCUAGAACUCAAAGUGACAUUAUAAAAACCUCUGACAUCUCCUUUUUCUUCAUUUAGGAAAGCUAUAUACAUUUCUAAAUGCAUCAUACUGUAAACAGAGAUGCAAAAUCUAGUGGAACAAAAGCCACAAAAAAUGACAACUGAUGACCGUUUGUCACCUACAAAAUGCCAUGCAAAAAUACUCUGUCAUUGGUGUUUAUUCAUUUAACAGCAACCAGUGAUGCAGCUUUUGGGAACAUUAUCAGAUUCCCAAAAGGUGGGGUUUGCCAUUGCUGGAAAGAUUCUUGGAUUCACUAUAAUACAGGCUCGACAGGCUAAUGUGUCUCUAACUUCCUCCUGAUUUGGUUUACAACAUAUUUGGAAUUAGGACAAACAUUUGCGAUAUAUGUAUCGUCUGCAAUUUAAGUGUUCACCAUUUCUCCACUGGGAAUUUAUUGCUGGGUGUAAAUGGGAUCAGGUCUGAUCUAUGUGGAACUGAAGUAGUGAUUGAUUUGUGACGUACUGUAAGUACUUCAGGAAUCUGCACUGACUGUACAAAGUUUCCUUGUCGUGUUGCAAAACUGAAUGUUAUGGUUGUAAGGAUGCACCACACACACACACACACACACACACACACACACACACAACAGACACACACACAACAGACACACACACAUUUCACACGUCUCUCUGUAAAGAGAGGAUAGAGUCUCCCUGAGGGAAACACCACUGUGGAUUUGAUCUGUCUGUUGGUGUACUGUUACUCGCUCUUCCAUACCUUUAACUUAUAGCAUAACAUUUUGGUGAUUUCAUGUAGGGAUUGUGAUGCAUAUUGUGUAUAUUUGUGGCCACUGUUCCAAUUGUGCCGCCCCCCCCCCUUUUCUUUCCUGUGAUCUCUAACUUGAGUUCUAUGUUCUCUAGAGUGAGGCCUGUUAAUCUGCCUUUCAGUUUGUGAAUACUGUCUGUUAUUGCUGACUUGCUCUGUCAAUAUGGAUUUGUAUUAUUAUUGCAAUAUAGACACAGGCUUGUGUCAAACAGGAGAGGUAUAACUAGCUGUGGAAGACCAGCCUUCGUUCAAUUUUCACUUGGUAUUAAACCGCCAGCGAUAAAGGCUUCCUCCAUGAAGCGCAUAUCCUAAACCCUUGUAUGAGUUGAUGUCAGCAAGCUGCUUGCAGGGUUUGCUGCAGUACAGACUCUGCCCGGUACAGUGUAACAUGAUCCUCUGCAGUGGUGCAACACAUUAGAGUCAAUACAACACUAUUGCCACCUAGUGGUAGAGGCCUAACACAUCAUCUAGGCUUGUCAAGCAGAAGCUGAUGUGACCCACGAUGCGAUUAUUACUUUUCAUUCAGAUUGUGAGGGUUGCACAUUGAAAAAUAGUGUCACUAAUAACUAAGGCUGUAACUAUAUAAUUUGGUUAUAAUUAGUCUUGAAAAUAUUGCUACUCGUGUUACAUAGUGCUACUAGUUAGUUUGUUACUAAUCAUAGGUCUAUACAUAAUGUAGUCCCUGCUUUAUCUAUAGGGGAGUAAGGGGUGACACAUACUUUACAAGUUUACAUAAAAUGCAUUAGAGAAAAUUUAACAAUUUGGCCCCAACUGGCAUCUAUAGUGAGCUUUGAAUAGGUGCAUAUAUUCAUUCCUAGUGUCAUAUUCUUCACUUAAAUAACAAAGUGUUUGGAGUUCUGACUGACCACUACGGUUCUUUUAGAGUUGAUAUUGCUCUUACUGCCAGAAAGGCUGAAACUCAUACUGCCAGUCCAAGAGUCUCAUGUCUGCUGUUUAUACAACACUGUUACAAUGACUCACAGCUCACUUUGUACACGACAGACGAAUAUUCCGUUACAGUCGUCCACUGUACCGACGACUAAAAAUGUGUAUGAUAUCAAACGAUAUCACUGUGUUUCUGGCGGCUGAAACUCACACUGCCAUGUCAAGAGUCUGACUUCUGCCCUUUGCUUCCCACAUUCCACACGGAUAAAACGAUUAAACCACUGUUGUAAUGUUUGUCUAACUCAGCAGAAAAACAAGGUACAUUUUACUACAGUCCUGAGGCAAGGAGAUAAUUAAUAUGCUAUGUUUCCAUAGCAAACAACAGACAAUAAAUGAUUGCCAAACUAUGAUGCAUGUUGUGUGUCAGUAUUAAAUCACUUGCCCAGAAAUCUGCCUUUAUAUAAUCCUGACCCCAUAUACCAAGGCUCGCUAUAGAGAUUUCAAAUACAAGCACAGGCUGACACUUACCUUUCCACAUUUUUCUCAUGGCAGUCCUGUAUUUUGUGAAACAAUUUUCACAGUAUUUUAUAUCCAGUAGCUGCAAAAGCUGCAAAACACAUUUUUAUCUACACUUCAUCUUAAGCUCUCUAACUCCACUGACAAAAUAAUAAUAAUAACACUUUAUAGUCAAUCUCAACCUUGCAGCAAAUCUCCAGUCUUGCUUCUAAAUUAAAACACAAACACAUUAACAGACACACACACAAGAAAAAAAAAAUCUGCAACCCAAUUUUUCCUGGGUCAAUAUUUCUCUGAAUGUUCAGCUGUUUGUCUGUGUUUGUGACCAUGUUGCUCAUGCUCCCUUCAUGACUAUGCACCUCAACCUUUUGACUUGUUAAAAAAAGAAUACAUACUGAAAAUAAAAAGCUGAUUGAAAUCCCCA